AUGGCAGAGGGAGAACCCAGGAGAGCUACGGGCCAGCGUCGCGGCCGGGGUCGGGGCCUGGGUCAGCGGCGACCUCAAACCUGGGAGAUCUCCGACUCAGACGACGAAGGUGCCGCCGCUAGGAAGGUGGGCACGCAAGCCUCGAGUACAGCAAGCGAGCGCAGGACUGCGGCCAAGGCAUUACGGGCGGAUCAGGUCCUGAGUCGCCUGGCGGUGUGCGUGGAUCCAGCUAUCCUGGAAGAUGCAGGUUCCGAUAUCCUGAUGGAGGCAUUGGGCACGCUAGGCUGUGAAUGCCGCAUCGAGCCGCAGCUCCUGUCCCGCAGCCUGCAGUGGAGCGUCGUGAGGACCGACCCAGCCCCCAGCAGUGUGCCGCUGGAGGUGUGGCCUGAGGAUGAGCGGGAACAGCUGCUGCUGCUAGAACCCCAGGAGUUUCUUCGGAGUGCUGUGCAGCUGUCUGAGACCACAGGUCCACCUUACUCCACACCCUGGCUGCCUCCCAACAGUCCAGCCCGCCUCCACCUGGCUGUCAUUGGACUGGAUGCAUACGUGUGGUCUCAGCAGCCCAGUUCUCAGAGGACAUGGCAGCUAAAUAAGUCAAAGGAAGCCCACGGCAAGGUGGCCGUCAGCUGGCCCGAGGUGGAGGAGGCCCUGGUGCUGCUUCAGCUCCACGCAGACCUGGAUGUGCUGCUGGUGGCCUCAUGGCAGGAGCUGAGUCAGUAUGUGUGUGCCUUCACCAAGGCCCUCUCCCAGCGCCCCUCCAAGCAGUACCGGGACUCCCAGGCCUUUUCCUUCUGCACAGCAGGGCACUGGGCCUCAGGUCAGCAAGUGGCCAAAGACGGCUCUGGGCUCCGAGGAGUAUGGUGGCGGCAAAUCAGACAGUUCAACCGGGUCAGCCCAGCUGUGGCUGAUGCUGUUGUCACCGCCUUCCCUUCGCCCCGCCUUCUGCAACAGGCUCUACUGGACUGCGGCACGGAACAGGAGCGCCUGAAUCUCCUAGCUGACCUCCCCGUGAAGGUCCACAGAGGCAGGCAGCCCCGGAGGGUGGGACCUGACAUUUCACGCCGAAUCUGUAUCUUCUUGACCACCACCAACCCCCACCUCCUGCUGGACCUGAGCUCUUGAUCACACCUGUGACAUCCUUGGGCUGCUUCUUGCCCAAGAGACUGACUAGUCACUCUGAGAGGCAGGCAAGGAUUGGGCCCGACCAGCAUACUUUUUCAGUAUGGGGUAGACCGUUGUUCUCUGGUCAAAUGGAAGCAUCAUGAGAAGCUGGGCAGUAGGUAGCAGGGGCCCUGGAAUGACUGGGGCUUCAACAUGCCCUUGGCCUGGAUCCUGGGUGCA